UUAUGGACCCUGUUAAAGGCCGAGCGAGCGUCUUUUACUCAUCUGACACGUUUCCGUUUAAUUCACACUCAGUGAGAUUAACUGUCGCGGUUCAUAGCUUGGAAACAUCAUGUCGUGGGUGAAAUCAGUGGCGUCUAGGUCUAGUGAGGAUGUGUUCGACGAGGAUGUGGAUGAUAUUAGUCUGCAGAACAAAGAAUGGAAAUUCAACAUGGAAAAACGCGCAAAGGAUGGUUACAGAGAUGGCAGUGAUGCAGGGAAAGAAGCCUCACUACAGGCUGGUUUCAACGUGGGAUACAUGGAAGGAACCACUAAAAUGACGGUCAUCGGUCAGCUUAAAGGAACCAUGAGUGCCGUUCGAUGCUGGUGUCAGGUUCAGCUGCCUGGAAGCCCAGCUUUAGCGUCAGUUACCGAUCUGCUUCAGAGAUUGGAAACGCAUGAGGACGGGCUGGUGGAGGCCAUGAGGAAAGCCCAGCAGAGGCCUCCACCUAGUGUGACUGAGAUGGUGGAUGACAUGAAGGACCUAAAUGUGGAGCAAAGGAACCAAGGGGGAGAAUCUAGGUGCUCAAACAAUGGGGACUGUUGUGGGAGAGAUGGAGCGAAUAAUGACUGCUGUGGAAAUGUCAGAGGCGUGAGUGAAGAUUCACCAAGAACUCUUUGCCAGGGUUCUUUCUCUACAGGAGAGAGUUUGAAACAGCUGCUAAAGUGUUGCUUGGACUUGAUAACAGAACUGGGGCUUCCUGAAGAACUAAAACUUCACAUUCAGCAGCUCAUACACACUUGAAGUGGAUCCACUGCAGCAGAGUGUCUGAAUAACAUCCUGUGUGGGCAAGAAACAAGCAAAUUCCAGGAAAGAAAAUAAGCCUGUGCAUUAGUUGACUCAAAUUGAUAGUGUAUUUAAGGGGAUUUUUUUUUUCCAUUUCAUUGCUGUGAUUCUAUUGAACUGCACUUUUUGCUGGAUUAGUACCACAACACUAAACAAUUUAAUACGCUUUUAUAUAAUAUAUGAUUUAAAGUGUACUUAUGCCACUUAUUGAAUCCAAUGCACCUGUUUUUGAUUGAAAAUUACAGUUUCAAAACAAAAGUGAAUUCUUUCCAGUGUACCUCCAUCUAUUUAUUUUUUAUCAAACUUUUUCACACAUUUAACAUAUGUUUUGUAAAGAUAUGCAUAGGGAUGGAACG